AUGCUCAAGAGCCUCCUCCUGGAACUGGUCAACGACAGUGUCAACAUUAUCUCUGCGAAGAAGGGCAAGCACAACCAUUGGAGUCAGGACCCUGUGCAUCUGGCUGUGUUACGAAAGAUUCUGGCGAGGCUCAUGACAGUCAAGGGUGUGAGCACUUCUCUUCACUGUGAGACGCUUCCUCUUCCUAUGCCUUUCCUUCGAACAGAUUCGGCACCUUUGAGGAUGAUCAUAAAGGGCGACGUAAAGGCAUGGACGAUGAAGACGAUCGAGGACCUGCGCACCUUCACCGACAGCCAGCUGAAGGCAAAGGUCUACAGCGAAGAAUGGGUCAUAGCAAUCUUCGGCUCUUCACCCAAGGACCGCGACUACUGGGAGAUCGACAAGGCCCGCGGCCGGGCAACAAGACAUCAUCCACAACCGCGAGUUGCAAUGUUCACUCCUCGAGAAGAUGAAGGGCCCCUCUCCAUUGAGGAGCUCGAGGCUACACGGACCACCGUCGCCAUUCCUUUCGACUCUCCAGGUCCCAAGGUGGUCAUCAAGGAUGAAUGGACAUCACGGGAGAGUUCGAGGGCGGCUCUGGAACAAGGCCGCUGGACCGGCACGACUGAGUUCACCAUUCGUGUUGUUGAUGAUGACCCAGAACCUCCUGAAGAUCCUGUUGCGCGAGCAGCUGAUAGCCGUCAGGACGAGCUCGAUGCCGAGGAGACUCAGGAGGAAGCUGAACAUGCUGAGCAGGCAGGGGCCGAGGAUGGUGGUGUGCUCGAUCCGCCCAGGAGAACCAACUUCGAUUUCCGCCGUGUGUUGGUCAGGCUGCCCAGGUUGGCCAGGUCGGAUCCAGAUCAGGCCAAAAGAUUGAUUUUGGGACUUCACGAGAGAUUUUGGCACGCGAAUGCCAGUGACCUUCAGUCAUUGCUCAGCCGAGCAGGAAUGCCCAGCGAAGUGCUGAAGAUGGUGCCUGAGACGAUCGCAAGCUGUGGAAUCUGCAGACGAUACAGCAGACUGAAGAGCAAGCCUGUGGUCAAGACAAGUCAUCCAGGAUCGUUUAAUGUCGAGGUCCAAGCGGACUAUUUCCAGCUCUGGGACCAAUGGUUCAUGAUCUUGAUCGACGUUGCGACCAGGUACAAGACGAUCAUCAAGGUUCCUGGCCGAGACCUUCAAGCAGCUCUGCAUGCGAUCCUCCAGCACUGGUUGCGCUACUUUGGUCCCAUGCGCAAGCUGAUUUCCGAUCAGGAGUCGUGCCUUAUGUCCCACGAGGCAGCUGCUGAGCUUGAACGGCUGAACAUCCAGAGAGCGCCCGCAGGCACCACACGUGGGCGUGCUCAAGGCGAGCACACGACCACCGGUCUGGUGGAGAAGCACGUUGACUUGGCGAAGAUUUGCAUGCUUAAGCUACGGGCUGAAGCUGAACGUCAAGGGCUAGACUGUGAUCUCGGCGACAUAGCAGCAGAGGCCAGUUUCGCUCAGAACGCCACAAUCAACAUCGGUGGCUACUCGCCUCACAUGAUGGUGACUGGAACGCUUCCGAUGCCCUACUACGACAUCGACGCUCCGGGAAUACAGGCGUUCACUGGGGCCGACCAGGUGAAUCCUACGGUCUACGAGCGAGCUCUUCGACUACGGCAACUGGCUCUCACUGCUGCAGCUCAGUCCAUCGCUGAGGACCGUAUUGCGAGGGCAGGACACACUCGACCUCAGCGUCUACCAAUCGAGAACAUGCAGCCAGGUGUCACCGAGAUUGAAUUUCAUCGUGAAGAUGCUGAUGGACUUGGUUGGCGUGGACCAGGUCUUCUCCUGAAGCUGCAGGACAACGGCUCUGCCAUCGUGGAGUACCAAGGAAGGCCAUACUUGAUACCGAUGCGUAAUCUCAGGAUCUUCCGCGGUACCUACUACAACGACUUCCAUGGAAACGUGCAGGACAGGAAGCGGCAAGAGUUUGACUCAUGGGUUGCUUUGCGACGACUCAUGGAGAGCGUGGAAGCUUGUGUACCUUUCCGCAUCGAUACCUACGGCCACUUGAAGAACAACCGCGACAAAUGGGUGAAACUGCCACGGUCACUUGGUGAAGCACAGCAGAAGGCCAUCUUCAAUGACAUUGUCUCCGCUGCACAGUUCUUGACUGCCAAACCAUGUCACGGAAUUCGUGUCGGUGUUGGACUAAAGAAAAUGGUUACGCCGGCCAGAACCACCGGCACACUGAUUGCAUGGCGCAAGAACACGGUGCAGAUGUCCAUCAUCGACAACCCCUCGGGCAACGACAUGUCAACGGUGGCUUUCCGUGUCGCGGGGCGAGAGGAGAUGUGCUACAUCUACUUCUACAGCUACGUUUCCGACUUCGUGCAACCUCCGUCUGAGACAUGGUCACCCAAAGGCGUUCCGAUGGAGGAGUCACCGUUUGUGCGACAUGAUCCUCAGGAGCGCCGAAUGCCAGAUGGCGCCAGCAACGACGACGGCAAAAUGGAAGUGGACCCUGCGGACAACAAGCGUGAAGGGCCCGAGUCAAGGACUGUUGUCAUCGGGCCUGAAACCAAGCGUCAGAGAACUUCCUUCACCACACCACCUUCGGAACAUAUGUCGCAAACCUUUCUCAUGAUGCAUCAAAGGCAGCACAUCAUCGACAUUGCUCAGGACGAUCCGCCCGACAUCAUUGACUACGACCCUUCGGUGUCUACGGCGACCACCGCGGGCAUCUUUCAUAUGAGGUCUCCUGGCUGGUUUGCGGAUCUCAAUGUGGGCAACAUCUUCCGCGUCGAUGCCACAACUGACAACAUCGAUGAGAGUCAGGUUGCUCCAAUUUGGCCGUUGGUGGACGAGGCUGACGAGAAGGAAGUCGGACAGUUUGUCAACGAGUCCGCUUUCCGUGCUGUGCGACGAGACUCCUUGGGCAAGGACUGCGCCAUCAUUGAUGCCAUAUGGGUGAGAAAGUGGAAGAAGAUGCCAAAUGGACGCAUGGUGAAAAGCAGAUUGUGUGCACGCGGAUGUCAUGACCCGUGGAAGCAUGAGUUGAGCAGCAGAUCAUCAACGGCAACCAGAUUGUCCCAAAGAAUGAUCCUCACAUCAGCUUCCAACUCCAGGACGAAAUUCCUUGAGAGCUGGGACAUCGCCGGCGCUUUCCUGAAGGGCCUGACCUACGAGAGCCUGUGGCGAGAACUCAAGGAGCUGGGCAUGCAGUGCGUGGAAAGGAUGAUCGCCAUAGUGCCGCCGCGAAAUGUUUGGCGUCACCUUCGCAAGCUCAGCAAAAAGUUCCAGAUCCCCGAUGAGGACAUCCCUGCCUACGUCCUGCUCUGCCUGAAGCCUGUCUACGGUUUGAGUGAGGCUCCUUUGGCAUGGCAGCUCUACCUCCAUAAGUACUUGAAGCAGCUUGGAGGUGUUCGGUCACAUUUUGAUGAAUGCUACUGGUUUUGGCCACAUGCUCAACCUGGACGGUGGCCACGUUCUUCCUUGUCCACUCACGUGGAUGAUUUGGCCGUUGAAGGAGCAAGGACGUGGUUGGAUGAAACCUUCCAGAAGAUGCUAGCAAAGUUUGGCAAGUUGUCCAGGCAAACGUUGCCUUUCAGCCACUGCGAAUGCCGAUACUCCAAGAUUGCUGAUGGCAUCAAGGUGGAUCAGAGUGAGUACGUAAGCAUGCUGCAGCUGAUUCCAAUCGUCAAGGGCGACCCAGAUGAUCGUGAUCUACUUCCAGCUGAACUUACCUCUCUGAGAUCAGCCAUUGGCGGGCUGAUGUGGACAGGGUUGACUCGUCCCGACCUCCUCGCGGAGUUGUCCACCUUGCAGUCAGUGAUGAACAAGGCCAAAGUGAAGCAUCUCAAGGACGCAAAUGAACUGGUUCUUCGAGCGCAACGUGACAAGGAGGCUGCCAUCCUGUACCGCGACUUGGAGUGCUCGAGUUACCGCAUUGUGUGCAUUCACGAUGCCUCAGCAGCAAGCUCGACGAAGAACUACGCUCAGGAGGGCGUGAUCGUGGUGCUCAUGGCGGACUACCUAGAUGUGAAAGAGAACCAUGUGAUCGCCAGCGAUGAGUUUGCGCGCGCAAGAUUGUCAGGCAAGGCCCAGCUGCUGCAUAUGCAAUCAAACAAGGCUAAGAGAGUGAGCUACUCAACUUCGCAUGGCGAGACGUUGGCGGCAAUCAAUGGUCUGGAAUGUGCUACAUUGGUCAGCACGCGGCUUGCCGAGAUCACUUACGGCGGCAAAGCUCCUACCAUCCAGCAGCUUCUAGCUACUCAAGAGAGAGGCUGUGUGUACUUUCCGGUCGACAUGCACACGGACGCGAGAGACUUCUGGGAGUUGAGUACUGGUGCCAAGGCGCUUCCUCAGGACAAGUCCCAACGAUUGUACAUCCUUGCUCAUCGUGAAGCCCGUUCCACCGGGCGCAUCAGAUGGGUCAUUCUGACGCCCACCGAGUGCAUGACCGCGGAUGCUCUGACGAAACCCAUGGUCUCAGAUUGCCUCAUGGAAUGGCUCACGACAGGUGUCAUCAAGUUCUGGAACACUGGUCAUCCCCUGGAGAUGAAGCGACUUCCGCCCGCUGCCCAAGUGUCAGAAGAUGACUUGCUGGCGGGUGACACAGUGCUGCAAGAGAAGGAUGCCUGGUUCAUUGCAAUCCCAGCAUUGGCUACGUCGUCAAAGCUGUUCUAUGUGCUGGUUGCUUCAUCGUUGAUGUCUACUGCCAGGGCACAACCGUCACUGCCACAACCGCAAGACUUUGGAUGGCAUGACCUUUUCCUGGUCAUUCUGGUGAUGCUGAUCUCAGCUACCUCUGCAGCAUUCAUGAAGAGCUGGGUUGAACGAGACAUUGGUCAUCGGUUCAUCAUUCCGAUUGCUUCAAGCCGAACUCUGCCCUAG